AUGGCUCUGGAUGAAGAAGCUCUUCAAACAGCCGCCAAUGGCGGCUCGAUUGAGUUAUCGAGAUGGGACGGCAUUGCUGCAUCGAUGAUCGAACGGCUAGAACACAUCGUGUACAAUGUGUUUCCCAUGCCCCAAGUGCGCCCCGAGCCCUUAGGGGUCCAGCCUUUCCCGAACUCUUCAGAAGAGAACAAUGUCCCACCCGAAAGUAGUAACAAAGAGAAUGCCGCGCCCGCAGACCCCGAGGCCUCACCCCAAGAUGCGCAAGCUGGUCCUGCGUCGACCGAGCGCGUUCCAGACUCACAGCCCCAACAGUCUAGCCAGAGCACAGACACCCUUCCGCCCCAACUGGCUCUGCUAUUGAAUGCAAUCCGCUCAUCCAUCCACUCGUUCUUCACGGACAAGCCCCCACACACCAUCCAGAGAUUAGCAGAGCUCAUCCUUUACCCCACAAAGCACUACAAAACACUACCUGCGUACCUACGCGCCGUCGACCGUGUCACAUCAGUCACAAGCUCCGCGGAUAUCUUCCCAUUCCAAACUCCAGCUGCUGAUGACGCCCAGUCCAACGGACUCGGAAAUCCCGGGAAACCCAGCGGCAUCUCCGUGGCUCCGGACUAUCUUCAGGGCCUAGGAAGCGAUGAAUCUCUGGGUGGUGCGCUACUUACACCAAUUCCAUGGUUGAAUAGCAGUUCAUUUGAUGGUGAAGACGCCGAUGCAAAUGCGGAUACGAACGUACUAAGCGAGUCUGUCGAUGAACCUAUGUCUCUGUAUUCAGAGGGACAAAUUGAUGCAGUAGCCACCACACUGCCUGAAACGGAAGACGGGGCCCCCACAGCCUCCCCGGAGCCAUCCGACGAGGUGCCCCAUGCUCGUGGUCCAGUUCUCCUCGGCGUCGAAGACAUGGGCCUUCAGGAUGGCAAAGGUGUAGAAGUGAGCCUGGGCGCAGAAAGUGAAUCUGCCGUACCUGCCGUCACCUCUGCAACUGGGGAAACGCCUGGGAUAGAGGCACUUGCCAAGACCGAAUUGGCCGCGGACAAAGAUGGUGAUAUCGUUCUCCAAGACACCAAAUCAAAGGAGGAAGCGAAGGACGAAGACCCGACUACUGAAGCCCAAGCUGCCGAGUCCAAAACAACGGGCGAGUCCUCCCAAGCGCCGGACGCGAAGGAAACAUAA